GUUGCGUCUCACUUGCCUAAAAUAAAGCCGGAGACUAUAGCAUCUCAUUAACUACUACACUGCCAUUAUGAUGGUCUGUCGACAAAUUAUUUUCUCUGUCUUCUCUGAAUCUUCAACAACUCCUUAUGGACAUUUCCAUAUUACUCUAGAUCACCACUAGGUGGAACUACAAACUCACGAAUUAUCUCCCUUGGCAUUUUCCUGUUGCCUUUAUUAAAUCUCUUUAAUUUAAAAAAAAAAAAUGAAAAAGAUGUAAACUUCAACAUAUUUCCAAAUUUUGACUGAAAAAAAUGGGAAGAUUCAUCUAACAUUUACCAUGAUAUAUUUACAAAUGCAUACAAAUGGAAAUAAUUUGAAAUUAAAAUUUGGAACAAAUUAAAUAAAACGUCAAACAAGAAAAAAAAACAACCUGAAAACCUCCCGAUUUCCCCAGUUUACACUCACCCCUGUCACAUUUUAAUUCCAUGGGACUGAUUUUUCACUGAUUAUUUUUGAAGUCUCGAUUCAAAAUCAGACUGAACCAACAGAAAAAAAGAAAAAAAGAAGUAAAAACACAAACAAACAAAAUCCUGAUUUGUUUAGAGUCAUUGUCUCUUUGAUUAAGAUGUCUUCUUAUAAUUCUUGUGCUACAUAUACUCUUUUACAAUCGUCUUUCCGAUAUGCAAAACCUCAAUUACCGCUUGGGUCUUUCAAUCAUCAGAACUUUAAUCAUUCUUCAAACUAUUCAACUGGUCAGUCGGCCAUUCCGUCAUCGAUCUCAAAGUCUUUACCCCCAACCGCAAGCAGCAAUAAUGGCAAUAACCACACAUUUAACUGGCAUUACCCGGUAAAGACGGACGGGACAGUCGCUCGGAGGAACUGCAUGAGAGAGUCCCUUAAUAGACAUGGUACUACCUGCUAUCCUGGGAUUCGAUCAACUAUAGUAAAAGAAGAAAGUUCUAAAUACAGUGAUGAUGAACAGAAUAACUUGUCUGCGUUUCUGGGACCAAACCUUUGGGAGAAAUCCAGUGGUGCUGAUUUUAAACUGGAGUACAUGGAUCUUGAUGAAUUCCUAGUGGAGAAUGGUAUCCCUCUUGAUCCGGUGAAUGAUUCAUUAGACAGUAAUGACAAAAAUACUGCAUCAGAUGUUUCAUUGGACAGUUUUGUACAGUCGCCUGAGCAAGUCAACUUCAAAGUCAAAGAAGAGGAUCUUCACAGCAUUUCCUCAGACUCUACCGCUUACAAACAAGAUGACAAUGACUUAAUACCAGAAGAUGAUGAUCAAGAAGAUGAGGAGGAUGAGGAUGAGGAUGAUGAUGAUGAUGAUGAGGAUGAGGAUGAUGAUGAUGAUAGUAAUUGUAAUUCUGAUGUAUUUGAGCCACCAAAACCUGGCAGAUCUCAGGUUCCAGGUAAAAACGGUUUUGACCCUGCUAAGCGAAAAUUCUCAUCAGAUGAACUGAAGCCUCAACCACUUGUCAAAAAAUCUAAGAAAAUAUUUGUACCUCUUGACAGAAAAGAUGAAAAAUAUUGGGCACGGCGCAAAAAGAACAACAUUGCUGCAAAACGGUCUCGUGACGCACGCCGUGUGAAGGAGAAUCAAAUUGCAUUGAGAGCCAACUUUCUGGAAAGUGAGAACCAAAACUUGCGAGAGAAAAUGGCUAAAGUUCUCAAGGAUAUGUCUCAGAUCAAGAAAGAGAAAGAUACUCUUAAAAGUGACAAUGAUUUCCUGCGAAAACAACUGAGCAAGUACAGUUGUCAGUAAUAAGACCAAAAAACAAACAUGUAAUUGUGUAGCAUUAUAAAUUUUUAUGGAUCCUGAUGGGCAGGUUUCAUUAUCCUAAUCUGUCAGAAAUUGUAGAGAUUUGGGGGAAUUGUUUUUUUUUUUUUUCUUAUUUUCUCUCGGUGAGAUUUUCCAAACAUUGGUCACAUAAUUCUACACACAUUAUAUCAAUUUCAUUUCUCACAAACUUGAACAUGUAGCUUUUAUAAAGUGGCAUGAACAUAUUAUGACUAGUGUUAUAAAAAAAGAAAAGAAACAGAAAAGAGAGCAUUUCUACCUGGCAUGUAUGGGUUAAUCACAUUCAGUUUUACAAUAUUAAAUAUUUUAAACUUUCUUUAAAAAUAACUCAUCAAAUAUUUAGAGAGGAAUUCAGAAAGAACGACAAAUGUGGAUGCACAUAGACAUACGCAUACAAAGAAAUACAUGCACACACACACAUACGUAUAUAUAUAUAUAAUGCUUCAACAGAAAUAUUGAUGUUUAAGCUGAAAAUAAAGUCCAUCAUUUGCUUGUAAUAAACAUUGAUUUCUUGUGUAGGCAAAAACAUGGGUAUGGGUGGAUGGGUGUUGUUAUAACAAAUUGACUUUCAUGCCUUUUUUCAAGGGGGUUGAGACAAACAGUGUGAAAAGUAUCUACAACUGGAAAUUAAAACCAGAUUGCUGAUGAAAAAAAAAACAUUAAUCCAUACAUAAUAAUUCUUAUUAAUAUGUUCGUUUCUUGCCAUUUUAUGUCAAUCUCUAUUGACUGCCCAGUCAUUGGGUCAGUGUUUCCAGCAUUGUUGAGACUAACAUUUAUUGCUUCUGCAUAAAAAAAAAAGACAAAAUCUUUUUUCUCAUCAGAAAUUAUUAACGACAUUUUAUUAAGUAUUUCUUCAUUUAUUAUUUUUUUUUUUCCAUUCAAAUUUUGUUUCCACUCCAUUUUAUUGAAAUCGGUAUUUUUUAUAUUUUAUUUUUCUCAAUGCAUGACUUAGAACUAAUUCAUUGGAGUUCACUCCAUAUUGAAUGCUGCUGGAAGUAUUUGAAAAAAAUAUUUUUUUUACUCUUGUUGACCUUACAGAUUAUACUAAUAAAUUAAUUUGGACUGUUUUACUCAGCUCUCAAUUUAGUUUUCUAGUACAAAGUGCUCUUUUAAAUGUUUGCCUUUUCAUAUAAGAAGGAGGUAGCAGGUUAGUGGUACGAUGUGAUAGACUGCUAUUUGUUAGCUUACAUUGUCUACAAUGUCUGCUUUAUUAGCUACGAUUAAUAAUGAUGCAGCAGAGAAGAACUUCAGUUUUUUCAUUUACUUCUCUUAAGAACUGCCAGUGCAUGCAGUAGUCUCUUUCUUUCAUUUGUUAAGAAAUGGCUUGUAGUUGUCUUUUGCUUGGUUCUCAUACUAGAGCAGUACUUUUCAACCUUUUAAGAAUGGCAACACAAUGUUAUUUCACUAAAAAUGAAAUCACACACACACACUAUAUAUAUAUAUAUAUAUGUAGUUAAACAUUUUUUAGCCAUUUAGCAGGAAAAUAUUUGGGCUUGCAUGUAAGCGUGAACAUGUACAGUCAAACUAUUUUAAUUGAAAUCUUCAAAUCUGAAAAAUGAGACAAAAUGUUCUGACGUCAGCUGAUUUCACAAGGAUAGACUGCUUGGAAAGCACUGUUUCUACACUUUGGAUGACAAUAAGCCAACCAGGAUCAGAUAUUAGUUCUUUAAAUUAUUAUUUAAAAUUUUUUUUCAUCAAAUGCUUCUCUCAAUGCUGUCAGAUGUCGACAUUAUUCUCAGGUAUUUCCUUAUUGUAAACAAUGGAAAAUCCACUGAAAAAAAUAAAUAUAUAUAUAUAAAGAGAGAUAUAUACGUUUUUAAUUUCAUGGCAUCAACCAUUAGUUUGAAGAAAUACUAACUCAUUUACUACCUAGCUCUCCUCAUUUUUAGGCUUUGGCAUGUUCCCCUGCCCCAUCCUACCUCCAUAACUCAUUUCACUACUAUCUCUGUACCCAACAGCCAUGACAUGUAUUAUGUGCACAAUGUGAAAACAUGAAAAAAAAAAAAAAGCAACAAAUGUUUCUAUAUCGAAUAUCCCACAUCUUGUGCAUAAUAUAUUUACUAACUUAUCUUACAGAUAUAUAGAAAUUCAUCUUAAAAUACCUGUACACUAACAAAACAUCUUUUCAUAUUUCCUUUAAAUAUAUAUAUAUGUACAUAUAUAUAUCUCAUAUUGUAUAUCUAUAUAUCAUAUAUAUAUAUGAUAAAUUCAUUAGUCUCAUUUACAUUUAAAAUCUAUAAAAUAUUUGACACUUUUUUUCCCCUAAUUUGAUUUCUGCAUGAAGUUUUAGUAUUUUAAUUCUUAUCUUUUCCUCCGUCUUUUGUAGUUUUGACAUAUUUAAUAUAUAGACUGGAGGAGUCUUUCAUAGCUCUGUGAUUUUACUCAACUGCCAUUUUUCUUGUAGAGACUCUUAAUCACAAAUGAACUUCUGGAUAAUUUUUUUUCUCUUGUUAGUUCAAAUGUUUUGAUGCUUUUAUACUUCAGCCAUUGUAAAUAAAAUUGUUUUAAAUUGCUAAAA